AUGGAAUCGGGAAAGAAGAGCGACAAUGGCUGGAAGACGAAGCUCAAAGAAGGAUUGACUUGGAGGAAGGAACUGAUACCCAUCAAGGUUAUUUACUUCCUCUUCAUGGGAGGCGCUACGGGUUUCCUGCCAUACCUGACGCUUCAUAUGCAGACGCUGGGCAUCACUGUCAAGGAAAUCGCUGUCAUUUAUGCCUUCUUGCCGAUCGCUUCUCUGCUCGGGCCACCGAUAUCAGGCAUCAUCGCGGACAAGUUUGGCAAGUACAAAAUCGUCGUAUGUUUUAACACUCUCCUGUGUGUCGUCUUCCACCUGUCGCUCCUCUACGUGCCUCCUCGUCCCUCCAACUCGCUCACUCUUGCUUGUGGACCAGACGGACACGCUCUCACCUGGUCGUCUUGUGAUUAUUGCCACGACCUUCGUAACUCUACUGAUCUUCAGAUGGUCUUGAAGGUGGCCAUCAACGCAACUGUAUUAUCAUGGAAAGAAAAUAACACAUGUUCACAUACGUCGUCUAACCUGACGUAUAGUGAACAGGAGUUCCAGGGCCUUGUUUGCCCCUCUGGCUGUCCUCUCGAGUGCCAAGUGACAGUGUCAGAGCAGUGCCAACAUCCUGACGAUCCUUCUAACAGUCCUACAACAUUCUGGGUCUACUUUGGCCUUCGUAUGAUCAGCACCUUCUUCCUGGCUUCUGCUUUUACUAUGCUAGAUGCCACAACACUGGCCAUCAUCAAGGAACACAAAGCAGACUUUGGCAAGCAACGUGUCCUCGCGACCAUAGGUACAGGGAUCGUGCCCCUUAUAACUGGCAUCAUACUCGACAAUCACAGUGCCAAUAUAGGUUACUCGGACUACAUGCCUGCCUUUUAUCUAGGCUGCGGACUUAUGGUCAUAGCAGGACUACUCGUGACUCGCCUCCAAUUCACUGUGGAUAUAUCGAGUGAAAAGUUGUUGCAAGACCUGAAGGCGCUGGUGACGAAGGUAGAGAUCGACGUCUUCCUGGUCAUGGUCCUCGUCCUCGGCUCCAAUUGGGGUUUCAUCGAGAGCUACCUGUUCGUCUUCCUCAGAGAACUCAAAGCUCCGAAUUACCUCUUGGGUCUCACCCUAACCGUGGGCUGCAUGGUGGGCAUCCCUGUUAUGUUCAUUGCUGACAAGGUCGUCGAAAUGAUGGGUCGACCUGCAAUCUUCGUCCUGUCUUUCGUGUGCUACGCGAUCAGGCACUUUGGAUAUGCUUAUUUAACAGAUCCGUGGCUGGUGUUUCCUUACGAAAUGUUGGAGGUCUUCACUUACCAGGUGAUGUGGGUCGCCGUGAUCACCUACUGCCCCGUCCUCGCUCCCAAAGGACUCCUGGCCACGAUGACUGGGGUUACGGGCGCCACGCACUAUUCGCUGGGCCGUGGCGUGGGGGCGCUCUUUGGAGGCUACCUGAUUUCGAACUAUGGCCUCCCAGCUGCCUUCAGGAUCUUCGCCUACAUUUCCCUGGCUGGAGCGGCUGUUUAUAUCCUCGUCUAUUAUGUCUACCUUAGGAAGAAGAUGGCUGAAAGGGAAGAGGAAUUAAAAGCAGAGAAGCAGGAGAAUUCGGAGGAAGGGAAACCCAUGCUGGAUGCGAAGAGUUCCCGUGUUAUUGUCGUUGCUACCAAGAAACCUGAGCAAGAUUCUGCUCCUUAA